UACAGGUGAUGUAUGUAUUGCUUCUUUUUUUAUCACAUCUAUGUGUUUCAGCAAAAGCAGAGGAUUGAUACUAGUUUAAUAAAAUUAGGGAAUGAUGAGUAAAUUCCUUCUAAUUAAUUUAAACUAGACAGAUUCUUUUGCUACCAUUAAAGAUCUUGGUGAAUUGGCAAACUUGGGGAUAGACUUUUGGAAGAACGCGGCCUCCUCCCUUCAGUACAUGUCCUGAGGCUCGUUGAAUGCAGGUGAAGGCACGCAGAAUGUGUACCCAAGGUUUAACCUUAACAAACCAAGAUAUGUUAAGACACCAUGAACAGGAAACACUGCAACAAACAGAUCACUUAAAAAAAGAGGAAACGUUCUGUAUCAGAAAUCUCUAAUGAAGAAAAUAUAUCACAAGAAAAGUUUGAAAAUCAGUCUAAAGGGCCUAGAAAGUGCCUUGAAAAGAAAAGGGGGGAAGAAAAAAGAUAUGUAUGAUAGAAUGGAGUUUUUACACUGCAGUGACUGCGCUAAGUCUAACAGGAAAUGAAAAACCUACAUCUCAUCAAGGACGACUGUAGACUUGUGACUUGUACACAAACAUCUUCACAGUAUCUGUGUGCAGAGUACAGGUGAGAACUAAAAAUUUCAAUCUCACUGUGUGGUAAAUUCUGGGAAGCAGUGUUAGAAUUCGGAGGAUCAAGAUUUAAUCCUGGAGGUUUGAAAGGAGUCUCAGUAAAAUGAACAGAAACAGCAGUUGUAACAGUACAUUUUCAAAGGACUUGUUACCUCCCAUCUAUGGUGUGGAGAUGUGUGUGGCACUGGUGGGAAAUAUACUGGCGCUGUGGCUGCUUGUGACUAAGGAGAGAAAGAACUGGCACACAGGAGUAGUGUUCUCCUGCAACCUGAUCAUCAGUGACAUCUUUUACGCCCUCACACUCCCACUUCUCAUCGUCUACUAUUCAAAAGGACGCGUCUGGGUAUUUGGUAAUGCACUCUGCAAAAUAGAGCGCUUUCUCUUCACCUGUAACCUCUACGUCAGCAUUUACUUCAUCAUGUGCAUCAGUGUUAAUAGAUACCUGGCCAUCGUUCAUCCGUUUUUCACACGCACACACAUUCGUCCAAAACACGCCAAGAUCAUCAGUGUGUUUGUCUGGAUAUUUGUUGCAAGCCUUUCAUCUCCAGUCCUCUACUAUUCAGGUCUGAAUAAGGGCAGAUGUUCCUUAUUUGCAAAUUACAGAGAAAAACAUACCAAGACAACCUACAGAUUGUUUAUGGCUGUUACAGGCUGUUUGGUCCCAUUUGUUUUUACUUUUGCGUCAUAUAUUGGUGUUUUGUGGGUGGUUUUUAAAAAUGCAAAUAUCACCUUGUUAGAGAAGAGAAAAGUUGCCCUGAUUGUAAGUUUAGUCUGCAUCCUGUAUGCUGUGUCUUUUGUCCCCUUUCAUAUUCUGCAAAUAUGGAAUUUUAAACUAAGGGAAGAAAAUAAAACUAAUUGCUAUGUUCAAAAUGGAUACCAAGUGUCAAAGGCAUUAGCCUGCCUGAACAUGUGCUUUCAUUACAUCCUGUACAUGGCUGUGUUUGACAGUAUCAGAGCAGUGUGCUGCAGAAGGAGCUCAGACGUAUCAAAUGAAAAAAUCACAGAUGGAGAACGCUUGUCGAAGGACCUUGAAUUGAAAUCCAGAGACUGAGACUACACAACAUUUUGUUUUGUGUUGAUUUGUAUGUAUGUUUGGAGUCAUUAUCCUGUUGAAUGUUCAAUGGUCAAAUCUUAACCUUCUGGAAGACAACCAGCUUGAGGGCUAAACUGCGACUCUGGUCAUUAGAAUUCAGUUUAUUCAAGAAUUACACACUCAACAAUCUCAAGAUCUCAAAAGUCAAUGUCAUACCUCCAUAUUUUAUUUUGCACAGAGUUUGGGGGAUUUUCCUCGGUUCUUGGUACUGUUGACAGUCAUGUUGAUGGCUUGCAUGGUCAAAAAAAAAUGUUUAUAACUGAUUCAGAUGGUAGAUAAAGUGUUUCCUCUAAAUAUCAUGUUGUUGUUUUGUUUUGUUUGAAAUAAAUGUAUAGAAUUUUUCAGAAAAAUAUUUCAAA